AUGCAUUCAGGGUAUCAAACGAGUAGCCAAGAGACAGUGUAUAAUACACUUGUGUUUAAGGUUUUGCAUAUGCUCCAGAAUAGAGUUAUGCUUUAUGAGCAAGGCAAGAUAGUUGCAGAUAAGAAGAAGCCGAAGAGAAUGAAUUUUGGAGUUAUUUUUGGGAAGAUUUUUUGAAAAUUACAGGCGAUGGAGCAGGAAAAGGCCUCGCAGCCGAUGUUCUCGCUUGGGAUAACGGAUUUGGCACAUUAUUUAGGAAUUUUUAGUACAAUGAGGUUCAGGAAAUAUUUUGAGAAAAUGCCUGAGUUGGUUAAGGAAAAGGAUGAUAUGUCAGAAGCAAAUACCUCAAACAAAGAAAAUACCUUAAACAAGGAAAAUAUAUGUUCUCCAUUAAACAACUUGGACUCAAUCGAUCUUUCACAUAGAAAUCGCAUUAUUCAAGAGGACAGAGAAAUUGAAUCUGAGGAGAAUAACGAAGUGAAUUCUCGAAGAGAAAAGACUCCUAAUUUCAAAUCUAGAAGGCCUAAAAUUCCAAAAGGAAAGAUUCAGAGUACUCGAUACUCGAUUAAUCAAACAUCCAAAGGAAAUAAAUAUUAGGCACUAUUGAGGAUUGAACUACAAAUUUAGAGAAGCUAAUAAAAGUGGCUGUUAAAGCUAGUUCUAAGAAAAAACUGAAACACAUUAUGAACAAAACUUCUCUGGAUAGCUCCAGAGGGAGCAAAGAUUCCAUUCUAAAUACAAGAAAUAAGUACCCAGUAUCACCUCAAUCGAAGAACCUUAGCUACCAGAAUGGCAAAAAAGGGAUGAUUAUUAAAUCUAAGAAUUCUGAGAGUACUAUUUUCUACUAAUUCAUAGGGCAGAUAAAGACCCAAGCUGAGUUUGCCGUCUCAUUUAGGAAUAAGGCAAUCUCAAAGCCAAAAUUUUCACAAGCCUCAAAAGGUAGCCUCCAGCCUUUGAUGAAGAGAAAAGAAGUUUUAAUAAAGCAUUCAAAGAUCAAAGGAGGCCUUAAAAAUCCUACAAGAUCAGACCGAGUAGGAAAAAUACUGAAGUUCCCUAAUUUUGCAAUUGGACAAGGCAAAAUUAGUAGAGAUACUCCAAGUGAGAAUUGUGAUGAUCAAUUUACUGCUGAUGCUCGCUUUGGUAUCACUCUCGGCAGGAAUACGAGCAUGAAUUACAAGAAGAAAAUGAGUAAUCAUCUCAAUAAGUCAGUUCAUAUUGGGAGCAUU